GAUGACAGUUGCUUCAGCACCCAAAUCAAGCACAGCUUGUACUGGAAUGUUGUUAACUGUUAGGGUGAUCAGUAGACUUGGGCCCCUAGACAUUGUGCGACCAACUUGUGGGGCUAGACUUCCUGGACUUGUCAGUUUAUCUGUGGAGGUUGAUGAACUAAACUCCUUAGCACCCUGACUGUGCUGGGCUGUUAGACUUGGGGGUCUCCUGCACUCCCGUUGAAAAUGUCCUUCACCCCCACAUCUACAACAUAUUGAACUGGGGCUUGGUGAGCGAGUUCUUGGCCGGUUACCCUGCAGCAGGUUUGGUUGACCUUUCCUCCUCUCUGGGCUGUCUGAGCGGCAGUCUAGCUGACUUGAAGCUGUAGGUUGAUCAAGCUUUUUUUUUUUCAAUUUGCUCCAGUUUUUCCAUCAAAACCUGAAAUUGGCUUACAGUUACAUAGUUUUGUUUGAUCUUUUCAAAUGAAUCGGCCAAACAUGCUGUUUUUUCAGUCAGGGCUGCAAACUGAUCUGCUGUUACAUAACUUGGGCUUUGAACUCUAUGAGAUGUCACAGGAAGUUCAUAAGGCAUGUUUUCCUCAUCUGCCCAGGAUAUGCGUCGGGCCUGAGUCCUUGUAUUAACAUCUCUGCCCAAAGUAGCACGAUAGUUAUGCUCAUGUGCUUCUGCAAGUCGUUGAGCUUCCAAGAGGGUGUGUGGGUCUCGAUUCAUUACUUCAUAUGCCACUUUAUGUUUUUUAAGCCCUUUCAGGAAUGCAUCAAUCGCAAGUUGGUCUUGAAGUUGUAAAUCCACACCAGGGUAAGCAAAUGUGAUCAGCCGUCUGACCUCCUCUGCAAACUCGGCCGAGGACUCCUUGAGUUGACGUAGCUCUCCCAAUUUUCUCCUAGCUAUGGUUGGAGGGUCUCUUUGACCGAAACGCUGAGUGAGCUGUUCCUUUAAUAUUGUGUAAUCUUCUCUAAUGUGUUCUGGUAGGGAGCAGACAUACUUGAUGGCAGCACCUCUCAGACACUCAAGCGGUUUGUCAACUCAUUGGGUGCUGCACCAACUAUAUUUUCUGGUCAUUCAAAUGGCAAGAGAAAUGAGUCCCAAUCUUCUGUGCCAUCAUAAGGGGCUAGUUUCACCUUAUGCCCUUCUAAAGAAGCAUGCUGGUGUGGUUGAGAAGGGCUGCGAGAUCUAUAAUUGCCAGGGUAAGCUGAUGCUGAACGGUUAUCUCUAGGCCUUACAUCAGGGUCGGAAGUGUGACUUGUUCUGCUUGGGCCUGCAUUCCGUUCUGUCUGCUGUAUCACCUCUAAUUCUGCAGCAAAAAGGACCACUAGUCAUGUUGCUGGGUCCCUGUGGGAUCUCCCAUGAAGAUGGUUGGGUAGGAUUUAAGUGAGUACGCCUCUCAGAUGCUCUUUCAGUGUUUAAGCCUCGUGGGGGAGCAGGGUUAUUCUCACGUAUUUGAUGAAGUAUUGGAGUAAGCAUCAUUUGCAGUUGCUGAUUACUUUUAUCUUGAUCGUCUAGCACUGCUUUCAGCCAUGUAGGUGGAUUGUCAGGAUCAGACACUGUAGCGCUCGCUUCCAUAACUUUUUCAUCAGUCAUUUUUCUUUUUUGUCUUUUAUUUUAUUUAUUUAUUUAUUUUCACGCUUUCUUCCUCAGAUAUGCUGCUGCAGAACCCUGUUUAAUUUCCUUCUUCUUCUAUUUUUUUAUUCACAUUCUCUUCCUCAGAUAUGCUGUUGCAGAACCCUGUUUAAUUUCCUUCUUCUUCUUUUUUUAUUCACAUUCUCUUCCUCAGAUAUGCUGCUGUAGAACCCUGUUUAAUUUUCUUCUUUUUUUUAACUCACAUUCUCUUCCUUAGAUAUGCUGCCGCAGAACCCUGUUUGAUUGAGUCUCAACGUUCUUAUAUGUGACGUCACUCGCUUGAUCGCUGCCCCGCGAGAGCACAGAGAGAGCAGCGAUAGCACUCUGCUGUUGUUGGUGCUCUUUCUCGGGCACAGAACGGGAUCGUAGUCUUCGUCCAUGCGAGAUGAAGAUUCUCUGGGUGAUUCUAGUGGCUUUCUCUGGACUAAUGGAGACCAUGUCAGAGCGUUUUAAUGUAGUGGGUCCAGCUGCUCCUCUUGUUGUUGAAACUGGUGAAGAUCUGAUUCUGCCCUGUUCUCUUCAGCCCAACAUCAGUGCUGAGGGUAUGAUGGUGGAGUGGCUUAGAACAGAUCUGACUGAUAGACUGGUCCAUCUGUACAAAGAUUAUAAAGACACAAAUAAUGAUCAGAUUAAGACAUACAGAGGGAGAACAGCUCUGUUUAAAGAAGAACUGAAGAAAGGAAACACCUCCCUGAAACUGUCAGCACUCCAACCUUCUGAUGAGGGAACUUACAAGUGUUUAAUUACAUCUGAAUCCUGGUAUGAGGACUUUACUCUUCGUGUUGCAAUUAAUGUACGUUUGAAACUAGUUGGUGCAGCUGCUCCUCUUGUUGCUGAAGCUGGAGAAGAUCUGGUUCUGCCCUGUUCUCUCCAACCCAGCAUCAGUGCUGAGGGUAUGAUUGUGGAGUGGUCCAGACAGCAUGAGACAGACACGCUAGUUCACCUGUAUGAAGAUUAUAAAGACAGAAAUGGAGAUCAGAUGGAGUCUUACAGAGGGAGAACAGCUCUGUUUAAAGAAGAACUGAAGAAAGGAAACGCCUCACUGAUACUCUCAGCUCUCCAACCUUCUGAUGAUGGAGCUUACAAAUGUUUGAUUAGAUCAUUUGGCUGGUAUGAUGAUGUGACUCUGUAUGUUGAAGUUAAAGGAAAAGGAUUUCAUGGUUGGAAGAUUGCCAUUAUCUGCAUUUUUGUUUUUGCUGUUAUUUUAACUGCCUUUAUAGCAUACAUCUUAAAAGAUAAAUACUCUGAAAAGCAGCUCUCUCCUACACAGUGCUCAGUUAUAACCUACAUGCGUCUCCACACCGAGAAUCCCCGCAAAGAGCUGAACCUGAGGAAAUUCAGAACAACAGACAAAGGAUACAGGAGACUCAUUCCAGCUAUCACAAACUGCAGGAAGGCUCAAUUAGCUGGCUGCAAUCUCACUGAGAAGUCUAUUGAAACCUUGAGUACAGCUCUACAGUCAGAAAACUCUGCCCUGAAAGAGCUGGACCUCAGUAACAACGACCUGCAGGGAUCAAAGAUGGAGAAACUCUCUGCUGGAUUGAAAAGUUCAAACUGUAAACUGGAGAUACUCAGAUUAUCUGCCUGUAAACUCAGUAAACACUCAUUUGAGAAUCUGCAGUCAGUUUUGCAAUCAGAAAACUCCUCACUGAAAGAGCUGGACCUCACUAACAACAACCUAGAGGAUUCAGGAAUGGAGAAACUCUCUGCUGGACUGAAGAGUUCACACUGUAAACUGGAGAUACUCAGACUUGUUACGUGUAAACUCAGUAAACAGUCCAUUGAGACUCUUCAGUCAGUUUUACAAUCAGAAAACAACUCUCUGAAAGAGCUGGACCUCAGUAAUAAUGAUCUGCAGGAUUCCAUAGAGAAACUCUCUGCUGGACUCAAGAGUUCACACUGUAAACUGGAAACUUUCAGACUAGCUUUGUGUAAUCUUGGGGAACAGACCUGUGACAGUCUGGGAUCAGUUUUAAAACUAGAAACCUCCCUGAAAGUGCUGGAUCUCAGUAAUAAUGACCUGCAGGAUUCAGGAGUGGAGAAACUCUGUUCUGGACUGAAGAGUUCACACUGUAAACUGGAGACACUCAGGUUAUCUGGUUGUAUGAUCACAGAGAAAGGAUGUUCAUCUCUGGCUUCAUCUUUGAGCUUAAACCUGAAAGAACUGGAUCUGACCUACAAUAACCCAGGAGACUCUGGAGUAAAGGAGCUCUCUGUAAAAAUGAAGGAUCCACACUGCAAACUCAGCACACUCAGGGUGGAGCAUGGAGGAAUUAGCAGAAUGAAAACAGGACUAAAGAAAUACGGCUGUGAUCUCACACUGGAUCCAAACACAGCGCACCCAGUUCUCACUCUGAGUGAAGAAAACAGGAGAGUGGAGUGUGGAGUGAGGCAGCCGUAUCCUGAUCAUCCAGAGAGAUUUGAUGAGUGGUAUCAGGUUCUGAGUAGAGAGAGAGUUACUGGACGCUGUUACUGGGAGGCUGAGUGCAGCAAAGGAGGAGCUGUUGUAGCUCUGAGUUAUAAAACCAUCAGCAGGAAAGGACGAGGUUCAGACUCUGGGUUUGGAGGGAAUGAAAAGUCCUGGAGUCUGGAGAUCGAUAAUAACAGAUACUUUAUUCAUGACAAUAAAAACAGUUACUCUGUUAUUCACAAUAAUAACAGAACUGCUCUCCCUCCUCCUCCCUCUCCCUCUUUCAUAGUAGGAGUGUAUGUGGACUGUCCUGCCGGCACUCUGUCCUUCUACACCAUCUCCACACCUUCACACACACACCUACACACAUUCUACACCACAUUCACUGAAGCGCUCUAUGCUGGGUUUGAUGUUUGGGGUUCUUUAAGUAUCUGCGAUAAAGAUAAACUUAUUUGACACUAGUAAUUUACUUUGGAAAACUCCCCGUUACUGAGUAAAAAAUAAAAUGCUGGGAAAAAAAAUAAGUAAACCAAUACAGAACACGAUUUGUUCCAUAUUUCCAUAAAUGUCCAAUCCACAUGUCUGACACUCACAUCCACCCUAAACCCCUCCUCCCUCCGCUCCUCUCUUCUGUGUGCUGCUGCUGGUACCUUUUUAAGUCUCCACCACAGACAGUAAGUACUCCGCAAAAUCGGUGCAAAAACACAGGCGUGAGUGUGAAGAGGGGUGUCAGUAGAGAUGAUUAUAAGUUAAGUAGUUAAACGUGUCGGUGAGUGUUUUUGGUGGCUCGCGGUGGACUGUCUGAUAUCAGAUGGAUCAGGAGAGCAACACUGCCCACACUCAGUGUCUCACUGCCCGAGCAUCAGUCUCACAGUCCUUCACCCCCCACUCAUCUCCUGAGACUGAUAUUUUACAGAUAAUUAUCUAGUCGUGCUUUUGCCAGAAGAUGUCAGUGCAUGGGGCAGAGCUUAUUUUAGUAGACUAUUGUGGUUUGAUCAAUUAGUAUGUUGAGUUUUGUCAAAAGAAUGAUUUUAUGGCAAUUUAAAGAACAAAUCUAAAUAAAGUAUAUAUUAAAUUCUUAUAUAUUUUCUAAUAUAUAAGAAUUUAAUACAUACUUAUUUAUUUUGAUUUGUUGAUCCACAAUGUCUCCGGGAGAUCACUGGACACGGUAUUCCUCACAAAAAUAUAAACAUUUUAACACAAAAUAUUUUUGGCGUCCCUUAAUUCUAAAAGGUGGCAACCCUAGUUAGCUAGUUAAUCUAGCUGUGCGAUGUUACGUGCUCAACCUGCAUCCACAAAUAGAGUUUACCUUUCUGAAAGUCUUGGUGGUGAGAGAAACGCCUCAUAAUGUUCCCUGUGUUUAUGUUCCGCUGAUUUUAUCACACAUAGUUUGCGCUGAGUUUUGUUCUCCAUGGCAGCGCAGCUGAACUUUUUCCAGUAAUGGUUAUUUUGGUUAGCGGGUAAGACGCUGUGUAAAUCAGCUGUGUAGCCUGGGGUCUGUGUAUUUUUUCAUGUUUUUAAUGAUAAUUCCAUAAGUUUUUAUUGGGAACAUUAAACAAUCUGCUUGAAUGUUAAAAAAACAUGUAAAUUGCAGUUAAAGCAGAGCAAUGGUAAGUUAAAAAGUAAUAAUGAACUGUAAAACUAUAAAAAUACGGUUUAUAGUCACAUAUAUGACCAUAACUUUUUAACAGUAAAGAAAAAAAAUGGAUCAUAGAAACCUAUGCCACUUGUUCCUGAAAAUGUUUUAUGGGGUGGCUGAACAAAUACUGCCUGAAAGGUCCAAAUUAUUAUGUGGAAUAAUAGUUCAUUUACAACAAUUUAAUUUAUGAUUUGUUGUACUUUUUUUUUAUCAAAUAAUUAAAAGUAACUAUGUAAAGUUUACUCAAAGUACAUUAUUUUUUAUUACUCAAAGUACAUAAAUUGAGUACUUUUUUACUUUUACUCAAGUAGAUUUUUAGAUGGGUACUUUUACUUUUGUAGAAUUUUAGCAAAGUAAAGGUACUUUUACUUAAUUACAAAUUUUCAGUACUUUUUCCACCUCUAAAUGAGUGUGUGUGACAGAGAAACUGUGUGUAUGUGUGUGUGUGUGGGUGUGUUUGUGAUUGUGUGCGCCCUUAUCCAAUCUUCAUCAUUAAUAAUCUACAAUUCAGCACAAUAUUACUGAUAAUUAAUCAAUAUUCUGAUUACUGAUCAUCUCUGAGCAUCUACUGUAUAUAAUAUAAACAAUAUGUGUUUUUGAUUUAAUCUUUGAUUGUUGAUUUAUUCUCUAUUGUAAAUUAAAUGUUUGAUUUAUUUUUUGAGUGUGAAUGUUUUGUUUAUGAGUGUGUAUGUGUAUUAUUGGUAAUUGAAUUGUUACGAUUGCUCAUAUAUUUCGCAUGAUUUCGGAAUUUAAUGUUUAUAAAUGUAAAUAUAUUGUUUAUGAUCGUGAGUUUAUUGUUUAUUAUUGGUAAUUAAUCCGUUAUGAUUGUAAAUACAGGGGUUGGACAAUGAAACUGAAACUGGAGAGUUGAGGUGCACAUUGAAUUUGGUUUGGGCAGCUGUGGUUUUAUGUUUUUUGGAUACAAUCCGGGUUAGCACCCAAACAUCCCUUUCAGACAGCUUCCUCUUACAGCGUCCACAGUUAAUCCUGUUGGAUGUGGUUGGUCCUUCUUGGUGGUAUGCUGACAUUACCCUGGAUGCCGUGGCUCUUGAUGCAUCACAAAGACUUGCUGUCUUGGUCACAGAUGCGCCAGCAAGACGUGCACCAACAAUUUGUCCUCUUUUGAACUCUGGUGUGUCACCCAUAAUGUUG